AUGGGCCUAGAUAAAAGAAACUGGCCUCUAAGUGAUAUUGAAAAAGCAAAGAUUUUGUUUGCGCUUUUAAAGGCCAUUGAUUCGGCGGAGAAACUCAGCGAAGAAAAUAUAUUGGAAGAUGAUGAUGAUGAAGAAGAAGAAGAUUUGACGGAGAAACACAGCGAGGAAAAUGUCUUGGAAGAUGAUGAAGAAGAAGAAGAAGAAGAAAGAGAAGAAGCUACUACUCUGGCCGAUUCUUCGGGAAAAAACAAUGCACAAACUAAUGAAAGCAUUCAAUCUAACUCUGGUAGCGAAACUUUCCCAAAUUCAGAGUCUAAUAAAGUAGAAGUAGAUGAUAGUCAAAUUUCUGAGCUUUUAUCUUCAGUCAUUGAAAUGAUUGCUCUUCGAGAUGAAAGAUUGUCACACAUUCCCAGACUUUCCAAUAAAAUGAAUUAUGCUUCUGACAAAUGGAUUAGAGAGCCCAAACUUAGAGGUCUUCGUCGAGAACUUAUAUCAUAUGUUAAGAUUAAUGAAAGUUUAUCAGGUGGUAUUUCAGUAUUAAAAAUGCUUCGUACAUAUUUUGAGUCUCACAGCAAUGUUUCAUUAAACCAGGCCAUCAAAUUUGCUACAACAGUUUUAGAACAGCAAAAUUUGGAUCCUGAUUUUUAUAAAACAGUUUUUUCCAAGAUCAGGAAUAUAUGUCAUUUUACUUUUAAAUCUGGAAAAGUUAAUCCCAAUUCGGAGCCUAUGAUUGCGUACACAACAUAUAAAGAUAAGGCCAAAGAAGCUGGAAUUAGGUAUACAAAGGCCAGUGCAUUGAAAGGAUUUCCAGAGCAUAAUAAUAGAGAAAAUCUCAAAGAACUUUUUCCCAAAGCUAAAUUUAUUGAAAGCGAUGGUGUGAAAAUGUUACGCCGUGGUGACUGGUCUACAGGAUUUGAAGUUGUUUAUUUUUGCAGCAAUAGAUGCAUGGCAUUUACGGGUUCUAGUAGCGAUUUGACAGAAUGUGCCCAAUGUGGGAAGGCUCGUGAUCCGAUGUAUAGAUAUUUUUACUUCUCACCUCGUGAAAAAGUCAGAGAUUUUUUUGAAAACACAGGCUUGUCUAGGGUCAUUAAGGAUGCCCACAAGCGACAAAAAAAUGAAGGAGAAGUAGAAGACUUUUUUGAUGGCCAACUUUAUAAGCUUCUUUCACAGAGAUGCAUUCAAAACGCUCAAUUAGGUGAAGAUUAUCAACAAAAAAUAUCCCUCAAAUAUUUUGAAAGUCCGUGGGAUUUAGCAUUUUGGUAUCAUUUGAUGCUGUUCCGGUGA